AUGAAUAUUCCAUUUGAUCAAAAAGCAUUAAAUAAAAAAUUGGUAUACAAUUUUUCGCACCGUAAUUUAACUGAUAUAGAAGAGAAAUUACUAGCUAAUGGUUGGAAAUUUGCCUUAAAAUUAAAAAAGGUUAACACAUUAAACAUUAAGAGUGAAUUAGCAUACAUUUAUUUCAUUCUGAAUAAAAAUGAAAUGCUAACAUCUAAUGAUAAAAAGUCAAAGAUUAAAAGCUUACUUAGUUAUUUUCCUAGUAAAUUAAAUAAACAAUUGAAACAUGAUAUACCUAAUUUAUUACAAGAAGAAAAUAAAGCUAUUUAUAAUUUGUUAAAUGAUAAAUCCAUAACAAUUUCUAAAGCUGAUAAAGGAAAUGCGAUCGUGAUAUUGGAUAGACAAGAGUAUAUUAAUAAAGGAAAUGAAUUAUUAAAUGACAAGAAGCUUUUUAAAAAGAUUUCAUUUAAUUUAACUGAACAACGUGAACAAUCACUUAUUAAGAGAGGGUCCAUGAGAUGAUCGAGGAUCGCUCCAAUAUACGAGGCACUCGAUAAAAUUUUUUUUUUCGAUUUUUUUGCUCAUUCGAAACUUCAAUGUCUAAAACUACUAACCCUAAAAUUUUAUGUUCUAAUACCCUUCCUAUGAAAAGUUAGUCAAGAUCAACUUUUGGCACUAUCGAGGCUUUUUGUAAAAAAAUAAGAAAAAAUAAUCUAUAAAAGAUGUAUUGGUUUCCGUUUCAGCAAAUCAUUGAAAUUUUUCGUGGUAUAUAUGACAAGAUAGAGAAUUGAAAACUGAAUAAAAUGAGCUACAUUGAUAUAAUAUAAUGGCUAACAAUUUAAGUUUUAUAGAGCAAAUAUGAGUCAAGGGGUGGUAUUUCUGACCAGUCCAAAUAAACAGUAUACUUCGUGUUGUGCUUUAGAAUUCAGAAACGCCAGACUGAAUUUUAUAUAUGUUGUACAGCUUUUUAUUCUCUACAAAAUGGUAAAAAAAUAUUUGAAAAAAAAAUUUCCGCUUGAUGCGAAAAACGGUUUAUACUGUCUAAUUUGGGGUGUGGGGUGGGUGUGGGUGUGGGUGUGGGUGUGGGUGUGGG